GCAAACUCGCCGCUGGAAUGCCCUUACACUUUCACCACUUGAACAUCUUCACAGAGGCCCCCCAGCUUUCAGCAUUCUCUGCCGCCGUCCUGUCUUAUUCACCAGUCAAGCUUUCAAUUCAGUCGCCGUUCAACCCUCAACCAAAAACAUCACCGUGCUGCGUCGUUUCACAAAGCCGAACGCAGCUGUCCCACCAUGAUACUUCGAUUUCGUGGCCGAGAUGGCCAGUUCAGACUUGAUGUUUCGCCCACAGACAGCUUUGGCGCUCUUGCUCCUCGCAUAGCGGAGAAUCUGCCCAAGAAUACAGAUCUAUCAUCUCUCAAGCUGUCGAAUCAUCCGCAAGGCGGGGACGCCCGAAGAUUCGAGGACAUCAAGCACAUCCAGGUAGGCCAGGUCGGCUUCAAAAAUGGCGACCUCCUGUUCCUCCAGUAUGAACCCCUGCGAGAGGUCUCGAACGGCAACUCUAUUCCCGCUCCUAGCGCAAAUCGAAUCAGCGGGCGUCCCGUUGACCCUUCAGAAGCACGUCCUUCCGUCGCCAUCGGCUCGCCAACAAAGGUCAUAAAGAAUCCAUGGGAAGUGGUCAAGCAGUCUGCUCUGGAUGAUGCGUUGGACAAGAAGGACGGCAAAAUUGUAAGACCAAAGGAUGCAAAGAUGUGCAGACACGGUCCGAAGGGCAUGUGUGACUACUGCAUGCCUCUAGAACCGUAUGAUCAGAAAUAUCUAGAUGAGAAGAAGAUCAAGCACAUGUCAUUUCAUGCGUAUUUGCGGAAAGUGAACACGGGCAAGAACAAGCCUGAGCUUGGAAGCUCGUUCAUGCCGCCGCUCAGCGAGCCAUUCUACAGAGUACGGCCCAACUGCCCAUCAGGACAUCCUCCUUGGCCAGAGGGGAUCUGCACGAAAUGCCAACCUAGCGCGAUAUCGCUCCAACAGCAGCCAUACCGUAUGGUCGAUCAUGUUGAGUUCGCAACCCCAGAUCUCAUCAACGGCUUUCUAGACUUUUGGCGUCAAACGGGCUGCCAGCGGCUGGGCUACCUAUAUGGCCGUUACGAAGAGUACACAGAAGUUCCCCUAGGUACGAAAGCUGUGGUAGAGGCCAUUUACGAACCGCCACAAGUUGAUGAAGUAGAUGGUCUGUCAUUAGGCGAGUGGGAGAACAGAGAGGCAGUGGACGAAGUUGCCAAACAGUGUGGCAUGGAACAAGUCGGCGUCAUCUUCACUGACUUGACAGACAGCGGUGCAGGAGACGGAAGUGUCAUCUGCAAGCGUCAUGCUGACUCUUACUACCUCUCCUCCCUCGAAGUGGUCUUUGCUGCACAAGAACAAGCAAAGAAGCCCCGUCCAACGAAAUGGAGCGACACCGGGAAAUUUGGCUCCAACUUCGUUACGUGCGUUGUCAGUGGCGAUGAAGAUGGUCAGAUCGCCAUAUCGUCAUAUCAAGUCUCGAAUGCGACGACAGAAAUGGUCCGAGCGGAAAUUAUCGAACCAUCGGCUGAUCCUGGGGUUAUGCUUGUGCAAACAGAAGAGGAUGACGAAAAGCUUGGUCGAGCACGCUAUAUUCCCGAGGUAUUUUACCGUAAGAUCAACGAAUACGGUGCAAAUGUUCAGGAGAAUGCAAAACCAGCGUUCCCUGUUGAGUAUCUUCUCCUUACUUUGACACAUGGGUUUCCCACGACUCCAAACCCUCGUUUCGUAUCGAAUACUUUCCCCAUUGAGAACCGUCAACUGAUAGGUCAGAGUCAAGAUCUAAGUUCGGUUGCUAAAACUCUCAAGUCGGGUGGUUCGUCGACCAGAGGCAAGAUUGACCCGAAGACUCUUUCCGACUUCCAUUUGCUGUGCUUCUUGCAUGGUCUUGGCGUCUUAAGCAAGGACGAAGAAGCACUAGCCUGCAAAGUCGCAAUAACCCGUGAUCUCUCAGACAGCAUGCAACUCAUGCACUGCCCGGGCUGGGCGACGCUCAUGACAAUCCUCGAAUCAAGUGGUGAGAGACCUCCCAAGCGGCCCUACGACACGCACGCUGGCUUUGAACCACCACAUCAUGAUCUCAAUGGUCAACACAACGCCAACGCUGCUGCUGUCGCUGGCUCUGCACAAGCCCCUAUCAAUAUAGAUCAGCUGGCUAAGAGAGUCAAACGGAGCAGCCUAGGAUGAGAGAGGACCCGCAAAUGCGGUGCGCGAGGCUUUCUCACACGUCCAAAAGCUUGCUUCUUAGGUCACACCCGUCGUCGCCCCAGCCAGACUUCACCAUUUUGAUGAGCAGGCAAUUGGUCCCGAUUUUUUUCCGCAAACUGCUUUCGACAGCAUGUGAAUGAUAUAGGCACUUAUAUUUAACAAGAGCAGCACAAUGCUGCCUAAGGGUUUCACUCACGCAGGCAAUCCAAAAUGGAAAGAUCUAAAUCUUGGUAGACUGGUAGAGGAGAGUGCAAAAUUCAGAUGCCCGACUAUCCUGCGCCUAUAGUACACCAAAGAGCUGGUUCAAGGAAGUGUAUUUAAAGGUCAUCUAAAGUUGCAUGUCACGAAUCUGGGUGCCACGAGCUAUGCACUUCUCAUGCUCAUUUACAUUCUUUGGCGAGCCACAGACUUCAGAACCUCCCUUUUUGCUAUCUAUUUCUCUGUCUUGGGUGGUGGGGUGCCGCCAGUCGUUGGCAGGCCCAUGAAGAUCUUGAAGUAGUCUUUCAUACGUCAGUAAUGGAUUUACACGCCUGGUAAAGAAAGGUUAGACUGACCAUAGAUCAUCCACUGAAGGCCGGUGAGGGUGCCAAUCAUGACAAUCCUGACAGGCAAGCCAUUCCAGAGACCCAUGAAUCCAAUUUCCUUGUAAAUUCUGGCGGUGGCAGCUCCAAAGCCUUCGCCAGGCUGCCUAUUCGCGUUGAGUUUGGACACCAUAACGUCGGCCGGGUGUGAGACAAUGGCGCACAGGAUACCGGCGAUGUAGCCACCAGCAAACGAGACGCCCGUCUGAGCGGCCUUUCCGUAAUCUUCCUUUUUACCUGGCAGGCGCUUAUAGAUCAUCUCGACGGCCGUCUCAAAACUGGCGAACUUCAUCAUCGUAUAUGGAAUCUGGCGUCCCCAUAACGGAUAUAGACCUUUGUACAGGCCCUUCACGCCUUCCUUGGCCGUGAUGAUGCUGUAACCUUGGAGUGUACCCUUCGCGAACGGCGGAAUGGUGGUCUGCAUUCUGACCUUGAUGGCCUCAAAGGGACACAGCGCAACGUCAGCGAUGAAUUCAGCCGAAGCAGAAGCAGUCAGGUACAGGGCUGUCUUGUAUCUGUACGCGUUCUGUUCGCCGACCAAGUCGGCAUAGAACUUCUUGAAGAAUUCAUAGCCGCCGUACUUGAAGGCUCCCUGCGCGGAAUAACCCCAGAAGGUUGGGCCCCAGCCGGUGUAGAUGCCGCGGAAGCCCUCUGCGCGCCCGAUUUUGGCCCAUGCCUCAAAGUUGCCCUUGUACAUCUUGGGAUCAACCUGUCGGCGGCAUUUGACAAGAUCGAGAGGCGUGACGGCCGUGUGCGUAAGGCCCUGCACGUUUUAAGGUUUAGCUCUGUAGAGAAUUGGGUCUGUAGGAUGGUCACGACGUACGCAAGCCAGCAGUCCUCCAAAUGUGCACGCGGCGUAGUACUUUGCACUGUACAGUUCGAUUUUGCCAACCUUCUCCUGCGCCUUCGCACUGGCCUUCUCAUACUCCUUAACCGCCUUGUCGCUCACUUUCGCAGCCUUGGCCUUGACGUCGUCCGCAGUGCUCCAGGCCGACCAGACAUGUUCUGGAGCUUCGCGAGGUGUACGGCGAGGCUGAAGGAAAGAAGCCGGGCUUGAGGCAGAGAAUUGAGCGCUGAGCGCGCUUGCCGUUGGGAAUACGAUGGGCAUGGCUAUCUCCCUCCUAUUCACUUUCUGUGCUUCGGAGCCCUUAUAUGAGCCAAAGAAGAAAGGCGAAUUGAGUACAACGUUUCAGAGCUAGGUCGAAUGCUUUGAAGUGGAGAGCUUCCCGCGAUGUGGGGCUCGAUACAAGUAUUGACGUUAGCGCAGGCAAGCGGCGGCUGGGAGACUUGGGGCUUCGAUCGAAGGAGUUAAGAAGACGAUGAGAAAGCGAUUGCCAGCUCCCCUGAAGCUUCUGAGGCAAGUGUAGACUCGCUUUGCUCAGGUACGUAUGUGCAAGACAAGGUGUUGUCUGGCUCAUCUCCGCACGUCGUGUCAAUAUGGCGAGAUAGACGUUCCCCAUAUAUCUCAAUUACAUCAUCGUGUGGCCCGAGCGCUGUCCUAUCUCUUCCAGGACCACUCGCUUCGACUGUGAAAGAACUGAUCUCGAGGAAUUCAUUUGUAUUCAGGUCCAAGCAAGUAGCAAAG